AUGCGCAUUUUUAUGAAGAUUUUUCUCAUCCCAUUUAUUCAGCUGCUAGUUUUCGAUAAUGCGUCAGCAAAAGUCUACCAUCGAUUGUUUGAGGAUUUGUUGGGGAAAUACAAUCGCUUGGUUCGGCCGGUUCGACACGACAAUGACACGACGCGGAUCCAGUUCAAGUUCAAGCUCUCGCAGAUUCGGGAUGUGUUUGAAAAGCACCAGAUUGCUACCACGCACGGAUGGCUGAUCCAUAAAUGGCAAGACGAGCGUCUUUCUUGGCAUCCUACAGACUACGGUGGCAUCGAAGCCUUCUCAGUGCCUGGAGAGCUCAUCUGGCUGCCCGAUAUCAUUUUGUACAACACCGCUCACGGCUCUCCAUCAAUCCAUUCGAUCACCAAGGCUAAAUUGCAUGCAAAUGGACUUGUGAUCUGGGAGCCACCAGUUGUGUACAAUUCAAUGUGCAAAAUCGAUGUUCAAUGGUUUCCCUACGACGAGCAGGAGUGUGAAUUGAAAUUCGGUAGUUGGACCUACACAGGCACUCAGCUGGAUCUGUUGCAUUUUACUGGCGAUCAAGUAGAGGAGCAUGAGGAGAACGGCGAGAAACAAUCAAGUGUCCCGCUUGGAGUGGAUUUAUCUCAAUUUCAGGAAUCAGUAGAAUGGGAACUACUGGCAGCAAAAUCGACCCGCCACGAGAGAUGGUACUCAUGCUGCAAUUAUUCAUCCAUCGACAUAACCUACUAUCUCAAAAUUCGUCGAAAGAAACUCUUCUAUACAAUCAAUUUGAUUUUCCCGUGUGUCUCGAUUGCUGCCUUGACGUCGUGGGUUUUCUAUCUCCCGUGCGAGAGCAAGCAGAAGAUUCAACUUUGUGUUUCUGUCCUCGUCGCUUUGAUUAUCUUCUUUCUGCUAUUGAUUGAUCUAAUCCCACCGAUGAGUGUCAGCAUUCCAUUGAUCGGGAAAUAUCUCAUUUUUACGAUGACUAUGGUUUCGCUUUCAGUUUGUGCUACUGUAUUUGUUGAGAACAUGCAUUGGAGGGGUGGUGAGUCGGGGAUGAGCGAAUGGGUGAGGAAGCUGUUCAUUGAGAGGCUAGGAACAAGGCUACUCAUUUCGAGAAGAACCGCUCAAAGCCCACUCUAUCGAAAGAUUCAACAGCAAAAGAAAAUCGACACCAUCAACGCGUUGCACAUCCUUGAACGACAGUUUAACAAGACUCUUUUUGAGAUCGAGAUGAAAACACAGGAAUCCGAGCCAACGAAUGAGCAUAUCAGUGGACAUGCAGCGAUUUUCCUACAACUACCAAUGGUUGGUCGGAGUUUGUCGGUGAAAACGAUCAAAAAGGAAAACACAAAUGGAAAUGAGAAAAAGCAGCAAAUUCGGCGACAAUUCAGCAUUGAUAAGCACUCGACAAAGGAUCAAGAUCCAGCUAUGGAGCGCCGUCGAUCGACUCAAUUUUGCAAUCGAAGAGAUAUUUUACGUAAAGCCGAGCGAAACAUCAACUACAUUGCUCAAAAUUUGACAGAAAUGCGUAAAGCUGAUGAGAGAAUACGGAUACGUCAAAUUGCUGUCAUGCACAGGAAAGUGGCUAUUUGCAAGGAGAUUUUCGAG